CUGCUUCCACAAUGACAUCAGUCCAAUUCGAGGGUCCAAACUCAGGCUUCCAAACCGGGAACAAUUACGGUAGCAUUCAAUAUACUGUUGAGCAGAGUUCAAAUCCUCGAGAUGACAGAGUAAGAAAAUUUCUGAGUCUGCUCAACACGUGCCCCUACGAGGACCGGAAAAACAGAAACAAUAGACGAGUCCCGGGAACCUGUGAAUGGUUUACAACACAUCCAAAAUUCACCAUCUGGCAACAGUCUACAAGUCAUGAUCUUGCCGGUCUACUAUGGGUCUCAGCCGAUCCAGGUUGCGGCAAGUCAGUUCUAACAAGGUACCUGGUAGAUGAGGUUCUCCGCAAUGAGAAGCAAACUGUGUGUUAUUUCUUCUUCAAAGACGACUUCCCGGAUCAAAGAAAUGCAGCAGGUGCACUAUCAGCUAUCUUGCACCAGAUUUUUGUUGCACGGCCCAAGCUUCUAUCGGAUACAGUUCUGAAAAAGCUGGAGACUGAUGGAGAAAAGCUUAUCCAGUCAUUCCAUAAAUUAUGGGACAUACUCAUGUCUGUCUCUGCUCAAGAAGAAGAAGCCAGAGAAGUUAUUUGCAUUCUCGAUGCAUUAGAUGAGUGUCGUGAUUGGGAUGAACUUAUUGAAGCUGUCACCAUGUUUUAUCAAGGACUUCAUAGAGACCGGAAGCUGAAAUUCUUGAUGACAAGCAGGCCAUAUCCUCAUAUAGAGCGUCUAUUCUGGAAGCUGAGGAACAAUCUACCGACAAUUCACCUAAGUGGGGAUGGCGAGGAAGAGGUCCAGCAAAUCUCCCGUGAAAUAGGCCUUGUUAUCAGCAAAAGAGUGAAUGAUAUUGGUGAACAGAGAUCACUUGGAGAAGAUGAACGCAACUUGCUGGAACAACAAUUGACUGCGGUUGAAAAUCGAACAUAUUUAUGGGUUACUCUCACCUUGGACGUACUCGAGAAUAUGCCGGGUUUCACCAAGGGGAAUAUUCGACGCGUGAUACAGCAUCUUCCUACAACUGUUGAGAGUGCCUAUGAAAGAAUCUUGGACCGGAGCUCGGAUAAGAAGAAAGCCAAAGUUCUUCUUCACAUAAUUACAGCUGCUGUACGGCCUUUCUCUUUGGAAGAGUUAUCUCUUGCCUGGGCAAUACACAUCAAUCUGGAUAACACGACUCUCACCGCUAUAAGCGAUGACUUGGAACCAAAGGAGAGAUUCAGAGAGACCCUGAGGGAUCUUUGCGGACUUUUCGUGGUUGUUAUAGAUGAGAAGAUUUAUCUUCUGCAUCAAACUGCGAAGGAAUUCUUAGUCCAGAGCAACAAAUCCAAUGUGCAUCAAAACUGUCAGGUCACAAGAUGGAAAUGUGCACUCAUACCAGAGGAGUCUAAUACUGUUCUUGCACACAUAUGCAUCUCAUGGCUACCAAGUAUAACUGCUGCUCAGAGCGAUAUAGAGAGAGGGGAAGAAUUCGAUAAAUAUUCCUCAUGCCAUUGGAUCACGCACUACCAUCAAGCGAAUGUACAAGAUGGAAAUGUGCUAAUCAAGCGCGCGCAAAGGGUCUGUGACCCAAGCUUUGAUGUGUAUCCGGUAUGGUCUAAGCUAUAUGCAGCCGAGAUGAAUAUUAUUCCUAGGGGUACUUCAAGGCUUUUGAUUGCAUCAUCCUUCGGGCUAACUGGUGUGGUGAAGCUUCUGCUUGCAACACGAAAUGUGAAUAUGAACUCUGAGGGUUCGUAUUCACGGACCCCACUGUCCUGGAAAAAGCCGGUAAUGAAGCUUCUGCUUGGAACAAAAAAGAUGGAAAUGAACUAUAGGGACUCGGAGGAAGGCCUGACUCCGCUAUCCUGGGCAGCCAGGAAUGGCCAUGAGGCAGUGGUAAAGCUUCUGCUUGAAACAAAGACGGACAUACAUAUCAAGGAUUCAUGGGGCCGGACCCCAUUGUCCUGGGCAGCUGAGAAAGGCCAUGAGGCAGUGGUAAAGCUUCUACUUGAAACUAAAAAGAUGGAUAUAAAUACUAAGGAUUCAGAGGGCCGGACCCCAUUAUCCUUGGCAGCUGAGUAUGGCCAUGAGACAUGGACUUUACCCCAUUGUCCUUCGCAGCCAGAUAUGGCUAUGAGGCUGUGGUAA